AGCGAAGCUGAAUUAAUUGACUUUGCUGGUGUGAUUAGACGGAUUAACCUGAUGAGAUUUAAUAAAUAGAUUCUUUUGGUUCAAUAAUUCAGAUUUGUAAGGGCACAGGACUUCAUGCAAUGCCUUACAUACAUUUUUACAAGCAAAUGUAUCUUUCUUAUUUAACCGAAGCGAUAACUGUCAAUUUUUUUAAAACUUGUCAAAGAUUUUAUUUCUAUUACAUCAGAGUAAAAUUUUUUCUGAAAUCAGUUGAACGGCUUAAAAUACAAGAAAUACUUCUAAUCUUUACUAUGCUUUUCAAUCAUAAAAUGUCGUUAACUUUCAUUAGGAAGAGCUUUCAAGCCUAUAAAGGCUGUCGUUUUUUUGGCACUAUAAAGAAUACCCAUUUUUACAAUUCAAAUUCAAUUGCAUAUCCGAAAGAAAACUACGGACUCCUUAAGCCAGUGAAAAAAUUAUUACCAUUUGCAAUUAUUAAACGUCAUGGAUUGGUGAAUGUACGUAUAAGAGAAUAUCCGUCUAAUCGCCGUUAUACCAUUAUAUGGAUAUUGGAACAAAUUGCAAAUGUGAGUUUGAUUUUCCUUAUGCCAACUGCAUUUUUGUGUGAUAAUAAGGAAAUUGACUUCGCUAUGGGUAUUGCGGCUUUAUUGCAUUCCUAUUGCGGAAUGCAGUCGGUGAUAAGUGAUUAUAUGCGCUCCGCUGUCGUCGGCAAAGCAUUACCAAUUAUUACCAGAGUUCUAGUGGUAAUCUUUUCUAUUGCGGCACUUUGUGGUUUAUAUCAACUAGUUUAUGACGACAUCGGCAUUGCGCCCACAAUUAAAAAAUUCUGGGUAAUUACAGGACCGAAAGAGCCAGAGCCUGCUCCACAAGAAGUCGAAAAGGUUCACCCAAAGAAAAGAUGGUUUAGACGAAAGAGCGAAUAGA